GAAUUUGGUUAAUACAAUCAAACUUCUGUAAAAAAAACUCAUAAGAAUCUAGUGUCUACAAAAUAAAUAUAGUGAAAAAGAUUCGUAAAGUUAAUGUGUGGUGAGGUGAGGCGAAUUUUGAUGUUCGGGCAGGUUCCUUGUUCGUCAAAAUCCACUUGGUCACAAUUAUACAUGAACCUAUUUUAGUGUACGAAUCUUUAUAAUGUGUGUAAUUGCUAUUUAUAUUUUUUUAAAAGUUUUUGACUGUUACCCCAUUUUUUACUGAAACCCUAUUCGUUUCAAUUACAACGAGUGUUUUGCAUUUGAAAUACAAAGAUAAUAAAGAUUUUUGUUCUAGCUUCAGAAAAAAAGGUGACAAAUCAAAUAAUUAUUUCAGCACAACAGAUACCUAAAACUAACAUUAGCAUUAAAGUAGGUAAGACUACAGGGACCCUCAUCUAGACUAACAGCGAUUAUUGCCCCUUUAGAAACCCGGAAGUACAUCAUAUGACGUUAGUCUUGUGUUACAAUUGUACCACAUUGUUUGGGCGCGAAAGCGCUAAUAUUUUACAAAUAAAUUGUUUUCUUUAUAUUCCUAAUAUUUCAUCCUGGCGGCAGCAACUACUUCCUCGAGCACAAUGAAUACCAAGUACGAUGAUUUGGAAUAUCCAUACUGUGAUGAUGUGAACAAAUUUGAUAAACUUGCUAAGAUCGGACAAGGGACUUUCGGCUAAUUUUAUCAACAAAAAUGAAAUAUUUGAUGGACAACUGACAGUAAAUACCAAAGAAAAUUUAGAAUGCAUUGCUAAUAUAUGCUAGUUUAACUCUUCCAACACCAACUUACCACAAGUGUUUAUAUUAAAGUGUUCAGAAUCAUGGGAAAAUAUUACACUCAAGAAUUUGUUUUGUUGAAUUUUACUAUGUGUGUCUCAGGCUUAGAACUGGUAUACUGUAUAUGUUGUAAGAGAUGUACCAAAAGGGUUGGCAUUAUGUUGUGGGUCCCUGUAAUGCUAACCCCAGCUUUAUCAGUGAAAAAGUUUUCAAAAUUAAGUUGAAAAAUCAAAAACACAAAGAGAAGUAUUUAAAGCUCGGUGUAAGAAGACCAAAAAACUAGUUGCAUUAAAGAAGGUUCUGAUGGAAAAUGAAAAAGAAGGCUUCCCCAUCACAGCAUUAAGAGAAAUCAAGAUUCUACAACUUCUGAAGAAUGAAAACAUUAUUAAUCUUAUCGAAAUUUGCAGAACUAAAGCCACAAGUUACAAUCGGAUGAGAGGAACAUUUUAUCUAGUAUUUGACUUCUGUGAACAUGAUCUGGCAGGUUUGCUAAGCAACGUCCAGGUAAAAUUCUCUCUUGGAGAAAUCAAGAAAGUCAUGCAACAGUUACUGAACAGUCUCUACUUCAUCCAUAGUAACAAAGUCCUUCAUCGAGACAUGAAAGCUGCCAACAUUCUUAUUACCAAACAUGGUGUACUCAAGCUGGCUGAUUUUGGUUUAGCUCGUGCAUUCAGUUUGAAAGGUCAGCCUAAUCGUUAUACAAACAGAGUAGUGACCCUUUGGUAUCGGCCGCCAGAACUGCUUCUCGGCGAACGAAAUUAUGGUCCACCUGUUGAUCUUUGGGGAGCUGGGUGUAUCAUGGCUGAAAUGUGGACACGCAGUCCUAUUAUGCAAGGGAAUACUGAACAGCAUCAACUACAAUUGAUUAGCCAGUUAUGUGGGUCAAUUACACCAGAAGUAUGGCCUGAUGUUGAAAACCUUGACUUGUACAACAAAAUUGAACUUCCAAAGGGUCAGAAGCGUAAAGUAAAAGACCGCUUAAAAGUUUAUGUCAAAGAUCAAUAUGCUUUAGAUUUGCUGGACAAAUUGUUAACACUUGACCCUUCAAAGCGUUGUGAUAGUGAUACUGCUUUAAACCAUGAUUUCUUUUGGACAGAUCCAAUGCCUACUGAUUUAUCUCGUAUGCUGUCACAACAUACAACCAGUAUGUUUGAAUUUUUAGCUCCUCCACGUCGACGAGGUCCAACACAACACCAUGUCCAAGCUCGACCCACACAAAAUCCUGACCAACAUUAUGAAAGAGUAUUUUAAUAUUUUUUACCUAACUAUAAAUCCUUUACUAGUUGUUGGCUAAUGCUGACACACUCCCAUCCAUCAUUGACAACUGGAAAGGUUUAUAUUCAAAUAACUGUGAUUUGUAAGAAAUUGCUUUUCAAAUCUGAAUUUGGUUUCCCUUUAAAUAGUAUGCUGUUUAAAAAAAAAUCAAUUUCUUUAGCUGUAAAUAUUUUUCAUAAAAAAAAAAAAGUUAUUUUUUUAUUGAUAUUUUUCUUGUUACGUGUAACAGUAGUUUUAAAUUUUUUAUUUACUACUUAAUUUUGCAAAUCAAGUUGUCUAAAUCUUAAAUUAUUUGUUUUAUAUUACUAAAAUUGUGUUUAAUUAUCUUGUAAGAUAAGGAUGAAGUCAAAGCUGACUUAGAAAAUUAAAACUGAAAAUGUCUGUGUGCACAUGUGAAGACAAAUUUGUGAUUAAACCUGUUGUUAUAAAGUAAACAAACUUUUGCAUCAUUAAUGUCAAUUACUUUGGCUGAAUAAGUUCUGGAAAACAAACAAUAGUCUAUGGAGUGAAUAGUGAUUGUUAAUACAGAUCAGCUUAAAGCGAACAAACCUCAAACAUGUUACAGUAUGAUCAGGUUCCUUUUUUUUUUUGUAUAUCCACAUCAACAUUGUUCAAUGUCUUCCUUUUUUUAAUAUUUGGGUCUUACUUCUAGUGACCAUAUAGUCUAUCAUAACUCAAAGAAAGUCCACAUGAAUCCCUCAAGCUCUGAUAAGAUAUUUUAUAACAAAUGAGUGGCUGAGAUAUCUCAUUAUAAGGCCUAAAGGCUACUUCAAGAGAUAUACCAUGUCAAAUUAUACACUAUGGGUUUAUGUAUUUAGUUAUGAAAAUUUCUUCUGUUGACGAAAGAUCCUACCAACUAUCAUCGUAUCAUAAUCAUUUAAACAUCUCAACGGUAAUAGAGACUGCCAUUAAUCCUAACCUUCUCCAACACUAAAUUCUCUCCCCUUAAUCAUCAGUAUUGCUUUUGUACGGUCAAAUUUAUUGGAAACCUCUGACGUUCUUCAAUUAGUUCUUGCCCUUGUGAAAACAUUGUUUUGUCUUCCACACACCUCCCAUGCAGAUGAUAUCAUCCUCCAUAACAUUUUGCAUCUUGGCAUCAUUCACAUGAACCUAGAGACUUCAUGCCAAAAAUUGCACUGACUCCAAAAGAUGCUCCAAUGCAGUAAUGUCAAUCUUGUCUCCUUUAGCAGUACAAGGAUACAGGUACUGAGUUUUAAAAAAAAACCUAAGAGAUAAAUAAUUAUGCUAAGUGUAUGGAACACCAUUCUAAUGAAAACUUUUUGGAUGUUUGUGUUGGAAUAAAAUGCACCACUAGUAUAUAAUUCAUAUCAAAUCCCUAACCUGCUGAACUGUAUUUUCAGCACGGUUUAAAAUAUUUCUGAAGAACAUCUUAGAUAUCUUUUCAGUACAUCAAUUAAUGUAUUUGAAGAAUGAUCCUAAACAGGAUAAUCUGGCUUACAGGUGGUCUUUCAUGGAUAUAUAAAAUAAGGUUAUAAGUGCUCACAAUCUAUGCAUGGGAGUUUUGGUCAAUAAAGCUAUGAUUGGUUACAAAAGGCAUUUGAAAUUUCAUAAAUGCUUAAUGAAGAGAUGUAUUAGUUUGGGUUUGUGUCAAUUCAUGAAACUCUUUAACAAAAUUAUAUUGGGAAAAAGACCAACAAUGCUACCAGAUCUACACAAUCCAGGAACUGGGUAAAAUCAUGAUAAUCUUACUAUUAGCCCUAUCACAGAAUGAAAUAAAAAUUUUAAAGAUUUUUUUUCUUUGUACCCACUAAGUUUUAUAGUCACCUCCCAAAAUCAAACAUAUUACUCAUAAACAAGCAUUAAAAAAAUUUUUAAUUAUUGUUGAUAUAACGCUUGAUUCUAUUCCUUAUUUAUAUAAAAGAUAAAACCAUUUUAACUCUUUAGCAUUCAGAUUACUCUGUCAAAUGUAAUGCUUAUUUAUCUGCAUUGUUUUAAAUAAAUUUUGCAUUAUCUUUAAGCUUUGAAAUUUCAA